GUUAAACCACAUCGAAGAAGAAGAGGCAUAUUAUAGAAGAAGUGGUGGCAUGCUUGAAGGUUAGCGACACAUUUAACGAAAUACAAUAACAAUUACCAGUCACACACUGAGUAGCAAGUUAUGCAAUUAUCGUGUAGAACAUGGUAAUAUAUCUGCAUUGGAUAUAACAAAGCUACUGCACAAGUCGCGGUGAUUCCAGGUAUGUAUUUGACUGUGGACACAGUGAGCCAUUUUGUCAUUUUAGUGUGUAUGCCUUCCUCUGUCUGGUGCAUGUUUUAAAACGGUCUGAUCAUGAACGUUUAUGAUGUGGUGGCUAUGAUUAUUCGAUUGGUUUUAAAACCAUGACCAAUGAAGCUGUUUCAUAAACGGGUUGGUUGUUUAGCAACUUUGGGGCAAAACUGGGUUUACAGAAGACGUUGAAUAUGGCGAGUCUCCUUUUAGUCCAAGAGGCCAAACAGGAGCGGUGACAUGUGUUCCCCGUGUAGCUCAGUUGGUAGAGCAUGGCGCUUGCAACACCAGGGUUGUGGGUUCGAUUCCCACGGGGGGGGGGGGCAGUAUGAAAAAAUGUAUGCACUCACUAACUGUAAGUCGCUCUGCAUAAGAACGUCUGCUAAAAUGUAAAAUGUCGCUUCAGUUUUAUGCCAGGACAACGCAACCCAUAGAAAGGUCUGUGCGUAACGACAGUAACCAUGGUGAAACGGCAACGUUGCUAGGGAAAUAACCCAAGAUGCGCUAGUAUGAUUUCGAUGGAGAAAAAAAUCGUAAUUUUUAUUAAAAAUGAAGGUAUGUGCAACUUUUACACGUUUUGAACCACCACAGUGUUCAUUUAAGUGAUAAUGCCGGAGAAGCCGGUGUUUUGGAGGAUAUAUUUGGACGGGUGUUGUUAGGCUGGAGACAGUCGUUCUUAUCCCUAGCUAGCUAGCUAGCUAGCUAGCUAACUACGGCUAACUUAGUCACGUCAAAAGAAGUACAACAGUAGCUGCAUUUGUUGAAGCUGUUUUCUAGUGACAUUUAUUUAGAUACAUCCAUAACAAUGAGCUAAUGAGGCGUUAUUUCACCCUGGCAUAGAAAAUGUGCUCUCUCGUCAGGACACUGUUGUUCAGAGGAACUAGUCAACAACACAGCUAACACAAUCACUUCAAAACACUGAAGCUGGAAAGACUGCAAACUAGCUGCACUUCGUUUCACCUUUUUUUUAAAUUGAAAUUUCUUUGUAUAUAUCCAUAAAAAGGAUGCCAGCUGAUUCAUGAUUUCGACUGGCUGAGAAAAGCUGCCUGUCUGUCUUGUCCCGACUCCCGACCGAUACAGGUUCAUUGCUAUGGGGACAGCUGGAGAUAAAAUGUGAAUAUUGAAACAAUGUUGCAAAUGUCGGAGAGACGCAAGUUGAUACAAAUCUCCGCUGUUGAAAACUAAAUGUCAGUCUAAAAUAAAUGUGAGAUAAUAUCUAGAUGCUUUUUAUAGUGGAGAUCAAGUUUAUAAUUUGCCUGGCUGGGCUGAUGAGGCAGUCAGAUGGAACAGAGUAAAUGGCCAUUUUAACGUCAUCCAUUUAGCUGUGGCAAUUUGUGGAAUAGACACCGGCUGGAAUGCGCUUUUAACCAAUCAGCAUUCAGGAUUAGACCCACCCGGUGGAUACAUUCAGAACAUUAUCUAGGUAGUAUUGUUGAAAUUUUUUCAGUUUUGUUACCUGGGUCAAGAAACAACACAUUUAUGGUGGGUGGCCCUUGGACUAUUUUUUAAGUGGAACUGACAGCGUUUUAACUACUUUGCAGAUAUGAAACAGACAAUCAUAUCAGUCAAAAAUAUCAAAUUACCAGUUUAUGGUACGAAACCAACUUUAUAAGAGGUUUUAAAAAUAGGUUAUAUUUCACUCAACAUUCAAUGACCUACCGUAAGGAAUUGUUGGCAGAAUAGAUGGAUGCAGUUCAAUGCAUGAUUAAUAUAAUAAACCAAUACAUUUCUUGGUAGUCCAAACAAUAUUGCUAUCAGGAUGUAAAUCACAGGUGGCCUGGUACAUUGUUUCCUGCCUCCAUUCGAUAUGCACUGUUUCAGUUUCAAUGACUCAAUAUUUUGGACAAAAACGGACGAAUGUAACUAAGGAUGGGAUUGUCAAUACAAUCAAACUAGCAAAGGCCAAGGGCAAUGAUCACAAGUCAGUUAUAAUGUGGCUUAUAGGCUAGCGUAUCAAUUUAUGUAGCAAGCUAAAAACACGGAGCCUAAACUUAGGUAGAUAGCUAGAUGCUAGGAGGAUGUCAUGUCAUUGGAGUGGGUGAGUGAGUGACUUUUUCCCUCAUAUCGUUUUUCGGUGGCUACACAGCUAGGGAUGCAGGUGUCAUUUGGUUAGCUAGCAAGAAAUGUGAAUCGCUUAGCUAUGCUGCAAUUGAACAACUGUUGUCCAGUUAGCAUAUCUCUUGCGUUCGCAAAUUCACUCUGGCUAUCUACUCCUGAGAUCAGAGCACUCUUGUCUGAGUGUGCCAGAGCGCAGAAUAACUGAUGAAUUUACCAACCCACAACACCCACUGAAUAUGACCGGUGUCAGUAAACAUAGGGGGGGAAAAAAAGUAUGUUAGUCGCGUGCUAGAUAACAUGUAAACAGCCUAACCAGCUCUGCUAGGGCGAGUCAAAUGGUCAGAGUGAGGUGUUCUCUCAUUUGUGUCUGGAAGUAGCUAGCUAGCAAGCUAGCCAACUCUAGCCAGUUAGCUUUGGGUGCUUGGUUGGGACAAGCAUGCAUUGGCAGGCAAGCUGCGGAAGGGCGAGGAGGCUACAAUUCCCCAUCGCGUAUCAGUGCAAUUUUGAUGGCCAACUAGCUGAAAAAGUUUGAGAGGGUUUAUCUAAUGUUCCUUUGUUAGAUUUGAGCUAAUCUUGCUCUGGCUAGCAUUAGUUGUUGAUCUUGUUGUUGAUGUUCAUAUAGUGAAAGAGAGCCUACCUUUUUCAUGGUUGUUUGAUCAACAGGACUGUGAAGUUCCCAAAUGUAAGAGGACUCUGUGGUAUUUACAUAUUUGCAGAAAUCCAUUCAGGUGUAUUUUGUGGCUUUUGGCCAAUGUGUUGUAAUGAUCUAAAGUCGCGCUGUUGCUACUGCCUGUAAACACACAGUCCAGUUCAAAGUGAAUGAUGGCAGGCCUGUGUGGAAAAUGGCUUGUUUGCAUAAAGGCCUACUGUAGCUCUUAUUGGCUAUGGCGCACCGGUCUGCGUAGACUCUGGUCCUGGAUGAGACAGAUUUUUUUUAUUUGGCUUUAUUUCCUGCAGUGUCUAUUAAUUGUACAAACACAUGGCCUUUUCCCCACUCUAUCUUGCUAUAGAAUUUUCACAAAUGCCUUACUAUAGGUCAUUUCCCAAACAUUUUAUGAAAACGUGAAAAUGUCCAUAUCUAAGUGCUCGUUUGUCAGAAAUUCCUGGGGGUGUGUAUGAACAGAUUUGAAUAAGAUUUAAUGUUACUAAAAUGCAGUCAGUUCCACUUUAAGCCCAGGAAGCAGCCAUUCAACUUGCCAUUCACCCGCUUUUCAAGGUUAAUAAUGUCAAAAUACAUUGGGUAAUUAGCUACCAAAGAAUGGAGUUUCGCUGAGCAACUAUCGUCAUUACUGCCGUUCCAGCUGGUAUGUACUUCCAAAAAAGCUCUGAAUAAAAAGUUGCAUGCAACCGAAAACAUGCCUUGUCUGGAAAUAAUCAAAAGUAUUGUUUUUGAGCAAGUGCACAUGCGCCAAAUCUCUUCACCUCCUGCAAUAUUAGUAAUGGAAUUAAAAAUGCACUAAAUAAAGCCUAUCUAGAAAUAUACAAUCGCUGUUAAAAACCUAGCUUAUAUCGUCUGCUUGAUCUACUUACAGGAAAUAUUAUUGCAUUCCGUGUAGCACAGGUGAAACAACCGAUUUUUUUUAGAUGUUAUGUUCAUACACUGUUGUAUGUGAUUAAAACAGAGAUCUGUCUAUAAUGACGAUGGUCAUGCCUCCGCCACUAACGAUGGGAGUCGUUGUCACAAAGGAGGGAAGGCAGGCGACCAAGCUUAGGUCCAAAACAAGCCCAUAGAAACGUAUCGGGCUUAUUUUGGACAGGUUUUGGUCGAGAGUGAAACCCUGUCACUUCGACCUCUUCCUCUCUGGAUGAAAAAUCAAUGACCUUUCCAGCUGCUGGAUCAGCCGACCUGUGCGUGGCAGUAAUGAGUGAUUUUAUUGGAUCAGCCAACCUGUGCGUGGCAGUAAUGAGUGAUUUUAUUGGAUCAGCCAACCUGUGCGUGGCAGUAAUGAGUGAUUUUAUUGGAUCAGCCAACCUGUGCAUGGCAGUAAUGAGUGAUUUUAUUGGAUCAGCCAACCUGUGCGUGGCAGUAAUGAGUGAUUUUAUUGGAUCAGCCAACCUGUGCGUGGCAGUAAUGAGUGAUUUUAUUGGAUCAGCCAACCUGUGCGUGGCAGUAAUGAGUGAUUUUAUUGGAUCAGUCAACCUGUGCAUGGCAGUAAUUAGUGAUUUUUAUUGGAUCAGCCAACCUGUGCGUGGCAGUAAUGAGUGAUUUUAUUGGAUCAGCCAACCUGUGCGUGGCAGUAAUGAGUGAUUUUAUUGGAUCAGCCAACCUGUGCGUGGCAGUAAUGAGUGAUUCUAUUGGAGGUGCAGGAAAGGUGGCUUUGGUGCUUACUUGGACAUUAUUAAGCUUGAAAAGCUGGUUAAUGGCAAGUAGAAUGACUGCUUCCUGGGCUUAAAAAGAGAAUCACCAUAUUCAACGUCUCCUGUUUAGAUCGUUGACAACACGUAAACUAUAUUUAGUCUCCAAUAUUUAUUGAAAACAUACAUUUGCACAAUGAGCACUUGUCUCAAAUACAUCGUUACAAUUGUUGGUCAGGUAGCUAGCAAAUUUUUAGCCAUAUUAGAAUAGAUCGGCCAUCAGUCAAAACAAGACACGUUAUCAAGAACAAGAUACAACUAGCUGAAACGAGCCACCUACGAUUCCCCACAGGGCAGCUUCUUUUCAUUGUUGCUAGCGAUCUUGCUAUCCAGAAUCACAACAACAGCACACAGACUUCUGCCCCCAUUGAAGUGCGCGUGACGUUGUCAGCUAACCCGUCUAGGUUAUUAUUAUUAUUUUUUGAAAUUUUUAUUUUUUACUUUGCUGCUCCUCUUUCCUCUUGUAUUUCAGCUAGCUAUGGCCAGUCUGUCGAACUACGGCGUGCGUAUCGCGCGUCUCAGCGCACGUAUCUUUGGGGAUGUGGUGCGUCCUACAGACAACAAGUCCAUGAAGGUGGUCCAGCUGUUCAAGGAGCCGCCCAUGGCCCAGAAGAAGGAGGUGUAUGACUGGUACCCCCAACACAAGAUCUACUACGCCCUUACACAGAAGCUACGAUACAUGGGACUCUUCAGGUAGACAUGCCGUGGUGUUUGGCCUUAAUAGAUCGCUAGGCCUAUUCACGGGAAAGGGAUCGGGGUUCUUUUGGCAUGUCUGUGUUUUGGCCUUGUGCAAUAAUGUAUACAGCUCUACUCUAGGUUCUUCUGGCUAACCACAGACAGUGAAAUUACACCGUUUCUAGACCCUGUUUGUCUCUGUAUUCUAACCAGACAGUUUUCUAGACCCUGUUUGUCUCUGUAUUCUAACCAGACAGUUUUCUAGACCCUGUUUGUCUCUGUAUUCUAACCAGACAGUUUUCUAGACCCUGUUUGUCUCUGUAUUCUAACCAGACAGUUUUCUAGACCCUGUUUGUCUCUGUCUUCUAACCACAGACUAUUUUCUAGACCCUGUUUGUCUCUGUAUUCUAACCAGACAGUUUUCUAGACCCUGUUUGUCUCUGUGUUCUAACCAGACAGUUUUCUAGACCCUGUUUGUCUCUGUGUUCUAACCAGACAGUUUUCUAGACCCUGUUUGUCUCUGUGUUCUAACCAGACAGUUUUCUAGACCCUGUUUGUCUCUGUCUUCUAACCACAGACCGUUUUCUAGACCCUGUUUGUCUCUGUAUUCUAACCAGACAGUUUUCUAGACCCUGUGUGUCUCUGUGUUCUAACCAGACAGUUUUCUAGACCCUGUUUGUCUCUGUGUUCUAACCAGACAGUUUUCUAGACCCUGUUUGUCUCUGUGUUCUAACCAGACAGUUUUCUAGACCCUGUUUGUCUCUGUGUUCUAACCAGACAGUUUUCUAGACCCUGUUUGUCUCUGUGUUCUAACCAGACAGUUUUCUAGACCCUGUUUGUCUCUGUGUUCUAACCAGACAGUUUUCUAGACCCUGUUUGUCUCUGUGUUCUAACCAGACAGUUUUCUAGACCCUGUUUGUCUCUGUGUUCUAACCAGACAGUUUUCUAGAUGUUGUUUAUCUCUGUAUUCUAACCAGACAGUUUUCUAGACCCUGUUUGUCUCUGUCUUCUAACCAGACCGUUUUCUAGACCCUGUUUGUCUCUGUAUUCUAACCAGACAGUUUUCUAGACCCUGUUUGUCUCUGUCUUCUAACCAGACAGUUUUCUAGACCCUGUUUGUCUCUGUAUUCUAACCAGACAGUUUUCUAGACCCUGUUUGUCUCUGUCUUCUAACCAGACAGUUUUCUAGACCCUGUGUGUCUCUGUAUUCUUCUUUCCACCUAUUUUAGUGUAGUACUAGUUUAGCCCACAUCAGUAACACCGUUUCCUCCCUGUUCCCCACCAGAGAUGAGCACGAGGACUUCAAGGAGGAGAUGCGUCGGCUGAGGAAACUGAGAGGCAAGGGCAAACCGAAGAAGGGAGAGGGGAAGAGGGCCACCAAGAAGAAAUAGACUGUUCCCUGCCCUGUCACAGAGGACCUAUGGGGUGAUCAGAACUGGCCUCGUUUGCUUUGGGACACCAGAGGAAUGGCCUCCCUCACAACGGUAUCAUGUGACCCCACUCCGGAUGUUUAUAUUGACUGGACCUUUUGGAUCAGCCGAUGUGUGUGUAUUUUAAAGAUCCUUCUAAAUCCCAUCACAGAAGAUCCUAUCUGACAAGUGACCAGUCUUUGUGACCACUGUGUGUUUGGUAUGUAAAGCAUCCUGUUCUUUGCUUUACAAGAUGUUUCAUUAUGCUGCAAUUGUAUCCACGUUGUUAGCGGCUUUCCAUUCUUAAUACUAUUUGUACAGUGAAUGGGUGAAGGAGAACUGGAGGGCAUCAGUACAUACAAUUGUGACGCUAGUAUGUUCAUAUUGACUGGGACAAAGCUGGUGAUUUUACAUGUUUUUGAGCAACACAUCACAUCAGGUGUCAUGAAUAAAAUACUGAAAACAAAAUCUGCUUAAAUGUGUAGGAGGACACUAUCCAUUUUGUGACUGGUGUAUUGCUAUGCAAUUACUAUGUGUAAUACAAUGUUGUUACUAGAUAAUCAGUGUAACUACAGGAAACCUGUACUGAUCCCAUUCAAAACCUGU